GGAGCCUCUGUCAUUUUCAUUCGCAAAUCCAAUCCAACCCUUUCCCUACGGAUUUCGGUUUCGAAUCGGCCCGCUUUGAGCAAAUCAACUCGCGAACGGCGCGAUAGCGUGAUAUCCAUCUUCUUUGUUAACUCGGGCUGUUCCUGGCUAGACAACAGCGGAGUCGAGUAUAGUGCACUAUUGGCUGUGUUGGGUACUCUACUGCGUGCUCUACUAGCUAGUUAUCAGGAGCGGCUGUCGGCGAGUAUUAGCAGAGAGACGACGACAACAGGAAUUCAAUUACUAGCUAGCUCGGAUUUUGGGUUGUCUUUGGGAACGCUGCACGGAUCUGUUAACUUUCCGUCGCGCGAAAGACAGACGACACAAGGAGGAAGAGACCCUUCGCAACAAAUAAGCGGCACAUCGCUAGUCGUCGUACUCCGUGGGCACGCUGACAUGUCCUCUUAUUUACAGAGGCUUGGUUUGAAUUUUGGAGGACUACAACCGCAACAACAACCCAUGGUGUCGGAAACCACGACAGAGGCGUCCUUGUCCAUGACGAGCCAACAACAACCCAAAGCGUCCGUGUUGGAGCAGUUGCCAUUUGCGGGUGCUAGUGAUGAUGGCUGCGACAGAUCCGAGGGAUCUUUUGCGACGGCAACAAUGGCCUCUUCGUCGCUGGAUGGGACCAAGAGCACAGCAGCACCCGUCUUCUUUGAGGCCGCCCAGUUUGAUGAGGAACGGGAGUUGCUAAAGCCGGUGGAAGAAUCCAUUUUCGAACCUGAUGGCAUGAAAACGACUGACGAAGCACUGGGACCCGUGGAAGUCCCGAAAAAUGACAACUUACAUCACCUCACCGAAGUAGAGAACAAUGAUCUCCCAGAGCACCCGGCAGAAUCCAGCACACAUCACGCAAACGACCAACAACUCUGGACGGAAGAGAUUCUCAAGACAGUGCCAAGCGUAGAUCCAGAGCAGCAACAUCAGGACGAUGCUCCCAAAGAACCAGUGGCAGACGACAGAGAGGAGACUACCUUGUCGAGCAACCCAAACAGCGUUGACACGGAGAAAACCUGUAUCACACAAGCGCCGGCAGUAGCACCCGACAAUGGCGAAUACAAGACCAGGCGGACCGUGUCGAAGAAUCUCGGUAGUGCGGAUACACAGAAAACUUGCGUCACCUUCUCGUUGCCUGCCGACGAUAACAACAACAACAACAACAACCAAAAGAAGAAUGGCAAGCGGGGAAGGAAGAAGGGUUCAAAGCAAAAAGAACGAAGUUUGCUCAAUUCUCCUCCUCUUCAACGGAAAAAAGGAUGGGCCCCUACUUCUGUGAGUCGUCUUCAAAAGAACCUCAAGUCAGAUCUGGAUGAAUGCAGCGUCCAGUCUCGGAAACGAACACGAAGAGACUCUGCUGCGGCGCAAAAUGAUGCAACUGUCGGCAAAGACGAAAACAAGAAGCCGUCGGCGGACAAAUACCUGCAGCGGAAACCCAAAUCGCCAACCAAAAGCCACGUCAUUGAGAUUGGCGGGCAAGAGUACAACCUCGUUCAACAAGAGCAGGAAAAUGCAAGGAGACAGUCGAAAAGAAAAAGAUCGCCUUCCCUUGCGAGACUUAUGGCCAUGGGAGAAGAACACAAUUACCCAAAACGACAACGAUCACCUGCCACUUACGCAGGUCUAGAUGACUCUGACGACGACGAUGAUGUGGAGGAACACGUCGAGAAGAAACCGAAACGCAGAAGGAAUAGUAGAAAGGACGCAACAACACCGGCACAAGAAGUUAUCGAGAUUGUUGACAAUCAGAACGAGUCUCAACAAGAAGCAGAAAUAGAAGUAUUGAAUGGCGUCAAAAGCGAACGUUUGGAGGAUGUUCAUGAAUUGGCCAGACAAUCCGUCAAGAUAGCAUUCAAGCGAGCCAAUACUCCCGAUCCUGGAUCGCCCGCUUUCAGCGUGCAUAAAGCUCAUGAAGGGCUACGACGCCCUUCACUGAUGGAAGGCUCGGACGAACCACAACAACCCACACAGCCUGGGCUCUUUUCCCAGGAUGCAGACACCAACUUGCGCGUUCUCUAUCAUUUGACGCGUGCAAGUUUGGUAAAGGGGGAGAUUCAGGAAGCACUACUUGUCUGUCACGACGUGUUAGACUCGUGCUAUACACAGGCGGAGGAGAUAUUGCCAAAGCUUAAAGGCGAAAAAACGCCUGCGUAUUCACAGAAAUUGAAAAUCCUCCGAGACAAGAUUGCUGGGGCGUGGUGUUUGUACGCGCAUCUGUUUCUCCAAAUCACCGAGACGAGCGUGUUCCUCGGUGCGACGGACCAAAGCAAGGGGGUUGGCAAGGCGUCGCUGUCCAGAGAAGACUUCAGUCGAAAUGAAAUGGAAGAACAGCUUUGGGAUUAUUCGAUUGCCCUGCUGUCAUUCUGCACUUCUUGUCCAUUGGCCGGCAAUCACGCAUCAAUCACUCUGGCGCUGUCGAGGCUUCGUUUUAGAAGGCGCGAGCAGAAUAAACUCCGCACAUUCCCCGUGGAUGGGGUCAUGAAAGGAACAAGGUCAUACCUGGCGAAGCUAGUGGGUAGCACGGAUCACUGGAAGAAAAAUCUGGAGUUGGCCAUGGGAGUGUGUAAGGGCGCCUUGGAGAGACGCAGUUGGUGUCCUGGAAAUGCGACAACAAAAAUAUCCCGCCAAGGGAAGUAUGCUGGAUUGACCGAACCUUUCGAUCUGAUUUCGGCUGCCGAAGGAGUAGCUGUUCUUGUGUCCAAGUUACACGAACGCAACAUCGACUGGAGUACAAUCGAUGCUCUCGAAAAAGUUCAAAGCAAACCGAAGGUUGCCCCGGGUUUCUUCACGUUUCUUUUGACUUUACCUAAGCGGUUGCAGGGACGUCUCAAAACGGAGUUUCCAACAAAACUAGACCUGCAAACAUCUGCGGUUCCUUACCUCUAUGACGACUUUGCCAGCGCUCAACUCAUCUGCAAGGAAACAAACUGCUUGAGUCGGCUGGUGCAAAGCGUUCGAGGUUUCACGGAGACUUCGCAGCUGCAAAUGAUUUGCGAUCCCGAGAAACUGGAAUAUGAUGCUGCCUGUGUUGAUGGAGUCGCAUGGGAAGACUGCUUGUUUUUUCAGAGCAUGAAUGUUGUCCUCGUAGAAGCGGCGGAGGCUGACAAAUACAAAUACGCCCAAAAACACCCGACAGAUGCUGCCACUUUCUUCGUGCCCAUCAGCUCCAGUUCGAGUUGGAAGAAGAGGUUCGAAGUUGAUGGCUAUGCAAAGUAUCCAUCGAGUCUUGUGUACUCUCAUGUGGAGCUCAGAUGCUUAAAAUGUGAUGGCCUCUUCCCCACAAAGGCAAAGCUGCAAUCCCACAAGAGAGGUUGCAGGGGCGAUGGCAGCCGUCGCGGUGGGCAUUCUCUUCAAUUGACUUGGGACGAUCUCUCGGCUGUUCGACCCAGCCAAGGUUACAAAGCCGAUGCGACAAAAAGCAAAAGUAAGACUACGAAGACCAAAGUCAUUGAUUUCCAAUGCGGCUGUAGCAAGUGUUGCUCGAAGAUCUACCAAGAUUUGACAGUCUUUGGCACGGUGACUUGCUAUAACACUCGACAACAAUCUGAGGCUGCCGACGUCGACGAGAUUGAACCAAAGAAAACCGAAAAGACCGUCGUCAACGUAUUUAUUCCUCCGAAGCCGUUGCCAACUCAGGAGGCCAGCAUCGGCGUAGCUGAAAAACGAACCGAGAAGGAAGCUGUGAAGUUGAAUGAAGAACCUGCGCCGAAGCCAAAGGGAAGGCGGGGCAGACCGCCAAAGAAAAACAAAGGUCCUACGCCCAAAAAGAAAGGUGUACCUGCACCCGGGAGGAAACGUGCAAAGGGUAAAAGGCCUGUUCGGGCUGAUUUGAAUUGUGUUUUCGAAGAAGCAGCCGUGGACGACGACAUCGAAACAGUAGUAACAGCGCUUCCAGUGGGCUGGGCUACCAACAUCAAGCAAGCCCCUCGCAAUGGCAUGACUGCAGUCUCUGUUCACGAUGGGACGAUGCCAGAGGCCAACAAAAUCUCCUCACUACUUCCGCCGUUGAAUGAGGACAAGCGGGAGGGAGAACAGACGAAGGCCACUUUGACACCUUGCGAGUGCAAGCACGAGGGAGAAGAACCAAAGGCAAAUGCAAGCACAGAUGGAGAAGGGACAAACGCAAGUCUUCAAACUGCUGUGAGCCCCCGUGGAAUACCACCUAUGUUGGACGAAUCACAUGAUGAACAUGAUCACUCGGUUGAGGCCCGCUCACCGCUGCCGUCAAUCUACGAUGCCGUAGAGGAUGACGCGGAAGAAGCUGCAAACAAAGAACAAAAGACGAUCCCCAAGCGAUCUCUGCUCGACUUCGAGUAUGCUUGCAGGAAAUGUUAUGCAACUGGUUUCUCUGCGGAGAUGGAAAGGGACCUGCACGAACGAGAAUGCUUGGGGCAAUCAGUGGGCUCAAGUUUAGCGGAACCUUGGCCAUCUUUUGCCAACAACCCUGGUUAUACCAGCAGCGCUGGAACAGGCGUGUUUAGACCGGUAGCAGAGGGUCCCACUUCUGGCAGUGUGUGCGCUCAGGGUCGUCACGAGCGGCAUGGAAAACUUGUGAAUGUCAAGAGGAGGCGUAUUGGGAGGAAUGCGGUGGAGAACUCUGGAGGGGACCAACGCACGACCAGGAGCAAUGGGAGCCCAGGGGACCAACUUCGCCGCUCGCGCCGCAACGGUGGUCCAGCUGACCAAAACGGCAUUGCAAUGUCAAAGAAGAAGACUACUCUGGUGGGUUCCUAGCUUUAUUCAUUUACGUUGAGGGUGUGUCAGUACCUCUUGCCGAUCGAAUGACAAUCUCGAAGGGCUGACUGUAACGGCAACAGGUAUAUUGUAACAGUUAGAACACGAGGGUUUAGCUUUGGCC